AAAAACAGAACAUAUCACAAAUUUAAAGAUUCUACAACCACUAAAGAUCUUAGCUUUUAUUCAACUCCAAGCUUUGUUAUUAUUUUUUGUCUCUUUUCUUCCUAACUUUGAUCUCUUACGCAACUAAUAUCCAUGCAUUCUCCUAUAUAUAACAUCAACUAGCAGUAACUUAACUUGAGUAUAUCAAAACCAAGUUCAAUCUACUAAACCAAUGAAAAUGCAAGCAGUUCUUGUUAUCCUGGUUUUCUCCGGUUUAAUCUCGGUUAAGACAACGCUAGCAGCACAACAUGUGAUCGGCGGGAGCCAAGGCUGGGAACAAUCCGUUGAUUUUGAUUCUUGGUCUUCUGAUCAAUCUUUCAAAGUCGGCGACCAAAUCGUUUUUAAGUACUCCGGACUACAUAGCGUUGUGGAGCUAGGAAGCGAAACGGCAUACAAGAGUUGUGACCUGGGAACAUCAGUCAAUUCCUUAAGCUCUGGAAACGACGUCGUUAAGCUUUCUAAAACCGGUACUCGUUACUUCGCUUGUGGAACCGUUGGGCAUUGCGAACAAGGCAUGAAGAUUAAAGUCAACGUUGUCUCUUCUGACUCCAAAUCCGCUUCCUCUCCGGGUUCAGGUUCGGAUUCAGGGUCGGGUUCUGGAUCUAGUUCGGGUCAUGGGUUUCGUGCUUCCGUUGGAUACAUUUUCGUUGUUGGAUCGUUGGCUAUUGGACUUUUUUGGGCUUACUGAGGAAUUUUAGGCUUUUGUAAUGUAUCGAAUAUAUAUUUGUGGGGAGAGAAUAAAUAUUUUUGGAAUUAUUAAUUCGUACUUGUUGUUGUAUUUUAUAUAGUUCGGAUAUUUGAAAUUAUGAUCUUAUUCUAUUAUAUAUAUCUUGUUUUUCAUGUUU